UCAUGCAUUCAUUCAACGAAUAUUUAUUAACCUACCUACUGUGUAUCAAGCACUGUUUUGUUUUGUUGUUGUUUGUUUUUUUGGGGACAGAAUCUCACUCUGUUGCCUAGGGUGGAGUGCAGGGGCACAAUAUCUGCUCACUGCAACCUCCGCCUCCUGGGUUCAAGCGAUUCCCGUGCCUCAUACUCCCAAGUAGCUGGGAUUACAGUUGUGCGCAGCAACUCUCAGCUAAUUUUCGUAUUUUUCAUAGAGACAGGGUUUCACCUUGUUGGCCAGGCUGGUUUUGAACUCCUGACCUCAGGUGAUCCUCCCGCCUUGGCCUCCCAAAUUACUGGGAUUACAGGUGUGACCCACUGCGCCCAGCCAUUAAAACUCUUUAACACAAACUCUUCAAAGUGACAUCUUUUGUAACCUUCGUAGGUUACAAAAGGUAUUGAUAUAUUAAUAGAUUGAGAUUUGAUUGCAGGGGGGUGGGGCAGGGGGAGAAUGCUAAAAAAAAAGUCAGCUUUCUUUUCUGUAACUAUUUAAAAGAAUGCAAAGUAAUUCUACAGGCAAUUCCUUGGUGGGCUUAUUUGGUAAUUUUUUUUUUCUUUUCCAUUUUCCUCUUGCUCUUUGGUUUGUAGGAGAACCCCUUUAUUCCCAGGAGGCAAUUUUGAGUCCCAACAUAUCCUGCAUCAUCUCCUGUGCCCAUUGCCAAAGGAAGGCGACCAGAGCGUGGGUUUUAGCACAGCUCUGAUUGGAUGAUAAGCAAGGAGAGUAAUAUGCUGCUAGGAGGUUAGAGAAAAAAAAAAAUACUAGAAUACCAGAAUGUAGUAUUUCAACUUCCCUCCCUCCAAAUCAAAAGCCUCAUGAAUGAAAUUAUGACCAUUAUUCAAGUGCAAUUAUACUGAGUAUGUAAAAUGGAAACACUGAAAGUAAAUCAUACAUUUGGAUAUUACAUUUCAUAUUUGAGAACAUGCCAGAAACAUUGUAUUAUUGUUGAGUGUAAUGUCAGGAGACAAACUUCUACAAAUUUUAUACAUAAAUUUUUCCAUUUUCUCUGUUUCCCAUUUAUGUCAAGUUGAACACAUGGUAUGACUUUUAAUAUUCUCCCUUCCUUCUCCUUCCCCACAUUGAAUGUCAAGUGAUCACACUCAAUCUUGAUUAUUCUAAAUUUACCCUUAGGAUCUGUCACCCCAUUGGGUGUUGCCGCCAGAACAAGAGGGUUUUUUAAUUGGUAUAAAAAGGAGAGGCCAGGCUUGGUAGCUCAUGCCUGUAAUUCUAGCACUUUGGGAGGCUGGGGCGGGAAAUCCCUUGAUCCCAGGAGUUUCAGACCAGCCUGGGCAACAUGGUGAGACUUUGUCUCUAUAAAAAAAAAAAUUUUUUUUUAAAUUUAGCUGGGUGUGGUGGCAUGCCUUGUAGUCUCAGCUACUAUGGAGGCUGAGGUGGGAGGAUCACUUGAUCCUGGAAGGUGGAGGCUGCAGUAAGCUGAAUGGCACCAGUGCACUCCUGUCAAAAGAGAGAGAGGAGAGAGAGAGAAAGAGGAAGAGUCUCUAAAUAAACCUAUAAAACUGGGGUCUUAUGGAUGCUAGCAAAUAUCUUGGAAAGAACUGCCAGCGCCAGUCGAUUACAGAAGACAACUGUGGCUACAGGCUGUUCUUGCCAGCUCAGGCGUCAACUCGUGGAAACCGGUUAAUAACCCGAGGGAACCGCGGAUUCUCGCCUAAGCAAGAUCUCGCAGAUGUGAGGGCGUAGGAAGAGGUUCCCCAGGCCAGCUCCAAGCCCCAACGGGUUUGGGGGUUGGCAGUGAACGAGGGGUGGCCCCGCGCCGCGCCAACGGGGGGCGCCCGAAUGAGAGCGCGGGGCGGUGCCGUUGGGAUCACAGCCAGAGCGGGAGGAUGGCUUCCAGUUUCAAGAAGCCCAGUGCUGCCUCCACCAGCCAAAAGAGAAAGGUGGUACCUAAGCCCGAGCUCACUGAAGAUCAGAAGCAAGAAGUUCGGGAAGCAUUUGACCUCUUCGACGUGGACGGAAGUGGGACCAUCGACGUGAAGGAGCUGAAGGUGGCCAUGAGAGCGCUGGGCUUCGAACCCAGGAAGGAAGAGAUGAAGAAAAUGAUCUCCGAAGUGGACAAGGAAGGCACGGGGAAGAUCAGCUUCAAUGACUUCCUGGCCGUGAUGACGCAGAAGAUGUCCGAGAAGGACACCAAAGAAGAAAUCCUGAAGGCCUUCAGGCUCUUUGAUGACGAUGAGACCGGGAAGAUCUCGUUCAAAAACCUGAAGCGUGUGGCCAACGAGCUGGGGGAAAACCUCACGGAUGAGGAGCUGCAGGAGAUGAUCGACGAAGCUGAUCGGGAUGGGGACGGCGAAGUGAAUGAGGAGGAGUUUCUUCGGAUCAUGAAGAAGACCAGCCUUUACUGAAGUCGGUUCAGAAGCUAAAGUGACUCUCUGGGUUGCCUGCUUCCAUUUUGUGAAACCUUAGAGGACAGCGGCUGCCUGUCCCUUCUUCAUCCGCUCACCCCCAUAAUUUGUCUAGAUCUAUUUCCAUAUCUCUAGUUCAAUAAUAGAAUUUGAAAGAUGCUUGUAA